CAGGUGGCGCGCUCGAUCAGCUGAUCGUUCCGCGCACGUGCGCCGCAUUUUCUCUGCACUUCAAAUAUAUACACGUACUUUUAGUGUUCCUUCGACUAAAAAUAUUUAGUGUAAUCAUGACGACGCUGGCAUUACCGCAAAAGAAAUAUUAUAGACAACGUGCGCAUUCGAAUCCAAUAGCCGAUCACUGCAUCGAGUAUCCGAUAAAACCGGAGUUAAUGGAUUGGAGUAUCUUAUAUCCACAGUAUUUUCAGAGUAAUGAUGAGCAGACACUAGAAACACAGAAAUGUGUAGAAUUUGCAGAUGUUGGUUGUGGCUAUGGAGGAUUGUUGGUUACUCUGUCACCAAUGUUUCCGGAUAAUUUGAUACUCGGCAUGGAAAUCAGAGUGAAAGUAUCAGACUACGUUAUGGAUCGCAUUGCUGCUUUACGAUCACAAAAUCCUGGCCAGUACCAGAACAUUGCUUGUUUAAGAACAAAUGCUAUGAAGUACCUGCCAAAUUAUUUCUAUAAAGGACAACUAAAGAAGAUGUUUUUCCUAUAUCCAGAUCCGCACUUCAAGAAGUCAAAGCAUAAAUGGAGAAUAAUAAAUAAAUCUCUGCUGGCAGAAUAUGCUUAUGUUUUAGCCGAGGGAGCUAUUGUAUAUACUGUAACGGACGUAGAAGAUCUACAUAAAUGGAUACUUCAACAUUUCCAAGAACAUUCACUGUUUGAAGAAGUUACCAAGCAGGAUUUGGCAGCGGAUCCUGUAGUGGAAAAAUUAUAUGAAAGCACUGAGGAAGGUAAGAAAGUCACCAGAAACGAAGGAGACAAAUUUCUGGCAGUGUUCAGAAGGAUCGCAGAUCCUUAUAUUGCAACGAAUAGCUAGCAGCAACAAUUAUAUACAAUUUUCCGGCUAUUGUAUAUAAUUAUACGGCAAAGGAUAUUCUGGAUGAGAGU